AUGGAUCAAGAGCAGCAACUGAGAAACCUGCGGGAUUUCCUUCUGGUGUACAACCGCAUGACGGAGAUCUGCUUCCAACGAUGCACCAGUAACUUCAACUACAGGAACCUCACCAUGGACGAGGAGCGCUGCGUGGACAGCUGCGCAGGGAAGCUGAUUCGCUCCAAUCACCGUCUGAUGGCCACCUACGUGCAGCUAAUGCCUCGCAUGAUGCAGCGACGCAUGGAAGAGAUCGAGAAGAAGGCCGCCGAGAAUGCCAAAGAGGCGGAAGUUGCCACCGCCGGCUCGCUUGCGCCUGAAAUCUCUGAUACCGUCACAUUGACGCCUCCGCAAAUACAGUCACCGCAGCCGGCAACUGAUGAUGUCCGUGUUUCACCAACAGAAACAUGA